AUGUAACCUCUUCAUGCAUCUGAACACUCAAGCUCAGUUCAGAUGUUGAAUCUAAUAAAGCAGCAUGAUUCUUAGAAUUCAUUUACUCGUUUAGAAAAUCUUGCUUAAGACCUGGCUUAAGAUUUGGCUUAGGAUAUUACCUCAUCACUCUCUGAAGAAGAUAACAAUAAUCUCCAUAAUUAAAACUAAAUUUGUAAAAGUAAUAGCAUAUUAUCAGAGAGAUCCAAGAAAAUUGGCAAGAAAAAUAAUGAAAUAGAACUAAGAAAUAAGUAUAAUAAAUUAAAAAAGAAAUAUAAAUGUUUAUCAGAUGAGUACGGAAAACUCCUUGACUCCUGGGAGUAGUGUUCAUCCUCCAUCACUGCAGUUCUUAAAGUAGAAGUUAGAAUCUAUGCAAAUAUCUUAAGAAUAGGCUCAAACUGA